AUGUUAACAUGUGUUUUUAGUUCCCUUAAAAACUGUUCAUAUUUAAUUAGAAUAAAUGAUUUUCAAAUGAAAAAACAAGGAGUGAAUCUGUUUUUUUUCUCAAAUAAAAAAACAUUUGUUUCAUCUAAGAUAUGCAGAUUUGUAAAGUUUUCCACAUCAACAAUACUUUUAAGUAGCCUAAUGACAAUUUACUCUUUUAUGAAUUUUGGUUACUACCUGAAAGAUUCUAUCAAUUGGAAUCCAAAUUGGGACGGGGAUAAUAAACUUAAGCAAGAAAACAGCGGAAAUGGUAAAGCCAUAGGUGGCGAAAAUACCCGUAGAUGGCACCAAAAUAUACUAGUUAGACAUGGCCAAUACAUUAUUCCUGCUAUAAAAGAUGAAGAGAAAGUUCUAACUGAUAUUGGAAGGGAACAAGCCAAUGAAACAGGUAAAUAUCUUUCACAACAAUAUAGAAACAAGGUGAAUGCAAUUUAUCACUCUAACUUAACGAGGGCUAGGGAAACAGCAAUAAUCAUCUCAAAGUACUUCCCUGGAGUCAAGCUAGUCGAGGAUUCUAAUUUGGCGGAAGGUGUUCCAAUUGCCCCAAGUCCUUCCGUCAGCGGAUUUAAACCGACAACAGAAGAGAUUGUUAGUGAUAAGGAAAGAAUAGAUAACGCAUUUAAUACAUAUUUUUCAAAAAAAGGAAAGUCAUUUGACGAAAAAGUGGACAUUAUUGUUUGCCAUGGCAAUGUAAUUCGGUACAUGUUUUGUAAAGGGCUGCAAUACCCCACAAGUGGCUGGUUGAGACUAAACCAUUUGAACUGUGGCGUAACGAGAAUGUCCAUCUCUACUGAUAGUCUCGUUAUUUGUAGUGGUUUAGGGGAUGGGGGGCAUCUGAGCCCGAAUAUUCAUACAUACAACUAG